AUACAACCUGUAUUUUACCAUACCCUUAUCAAUUGUACAAUCUAGCGAUUCUUAGAUUCCUUGUUCUUCAGUUGAUGGGAAUUGAUAACUUUGCUAUUCGUCUCAACAAACCCUCUGGAGUCUACUACGCAGGAGAAACACUAUCAGGAAAUGUGCAAUUCAUAACUACAAAACCGUAUAAUUCAGAUGGAGUGUUUAUCAAAUAUAUUGGUAGAGCUGAUGUAAACUGGACGGAGGGCUACAAAGGCAAUACUGACAACAGAAGUGGACCUGGUCAGGAAGCUGCCGUUCCUUACGAAGCAUAUGAAGUCUACAUCGACAAAUUGGAGUUGCUGUACUCACCUCCGGACGGCAAACUAACAGCCAACAAAUACUCCCUGCCUUUCUCCAUAAAGCUUCCACCGCACAUACCAAGUUCAUUUACCGGCUCAGUUGGUAAGAUAGUGUACCAGGUUAGGGCAGAUGUCCACCUCAGUGGGAUACACACAGCAGCAAGUGUAACUCUCCCCUUCACUGUUCUAGGUGUCAAGGAUCUCAAGUUUGAGGUCCACCUUCAUAACCCUGUUGCAAUGAGCAACAACAAGACAUUUAGUACGAUGUACCACGACAAGUCACUUGGAGCAGUGUCGGUCUGGAGAAAGUCGAAGCCCAUUAUUGCCCAUCUCAGCAUUAACAAGCAGGGGUUUGUCUCCGGUGAGGAUAUCCUAGUGUCUGGUGUUAUAAAUAAUGAGAGUGACGUGGAUAUCAAAGAGUGUGAACUAAAACUGAUAGAAACCGCUCAGUAUCGGGUGGGAGGCGGCAAAAAAAGUGAGAAAAUCACAGCAUAUAAAUGUACCCAGCCGGCUAUAGACAAGGAAUCAAAAGCAAUUUGGGAUAACGUUCCAAUUACUGUUCCUUGCAUUCCACCAUCAGGUCUGGAUGGUUGCAGUAUCAUCACCAAUUCUUACUCCGUGUUGAUACGCAUUAUUCCUUGCGGAGUACAUUUUGCUCUUGAACUGUCAUGUGACAUCACCAUAGGAACCAUUCCUUUCCAAGAGGAAACAGUUUCACUUCCAAUACCUCCACCCUCCGAAGCAGGAUACGCACAUUUAACAACCCCAGAAGCAAGUAAAGAUGGGUAUGAUCCUGCUCCACCAGGCCUCCCAAGUGGUUACCCUGCUCCCCUCUCCAAGUCAUUACCGCCACUGCCGGUGCCUGUACCGUCACGACCACUGUCUUUACCACCUCUGCCAGGAUCUAAGGUGUUUAAGGUAAAUCGUAAUGCACAAAGGUCUAGUGAGUCAGCUCAAACGGAAGGUUCUCGAGAGAAAACCCCCAUCCCUGGUGCACUGAUUGUUCCCUCUGCAUAUGUGUACCUUAGGGGUGUCAAACUUAGGGGUGUCAACAAACCAAAAUCAUAUCAGUCAAUCCACAAAACCUCUACAAAUAAACGGGAUGAGGACGAUGAUCAGGCGAGUUAUGUCUCUGAAUACAACAAUUCUCCAAGGUCUAUCCGGACUUUUUGUUAACACUGCAGUGUAACAGCAUGUUGGUCGUCAGUAAGUGCAGUGUGUGAUAUCACUGCGUUGCUGUGAUAUAUGUAGCUUGAGAUAUAUCUUGGUGUUAUAUUGUGUUAUCCAUCCAGAAGGACAGCAGAUCACCAGAUGGUCUGCGAGGAAAGACCUGAAAUGUUUUUUCAAAUGUUGAUGGGAGAAACAUUGAACUGCGAGGAAAUUUAAAUCUUUCUGGAUGUGGGAUUGUGUUACCUCGAGUCUAACUUAUAUAUCGUUGACCCUAACAGAGUGCCCUGCCUUGAAUGAUGAAUUAGUAAAUAACUUUAAAAGUUUGACUCGAUAUCUCAAAUCAUGGCCCGUUAUUACAGUUUCAAGAUCUGAUGUUCAGAUAGAUUUAAGAAUUCAUGUUAUUAUACCGGCAGUUUAUCAACAGAAUCUUUACAAAAAUGAAUUGUGAAUUUAUUCUUGUUUUUGUCUGAC